AUCACCUCAUACCUCAUGCCGCCACGCACGCCUCCCAAGGGCAGCAGCAGCAGCAGCAGUAGCAGUGCCUCUCGCCGCGCCGCCGCCGCCGCCAUGGAGAGCCCCACGCUCGAUGCGCGCUUCUCGCUGCGCGGCCUGGCCGAGGCCGACGUCGGCGACGACUCGGGGCUCGUCGACUUUGCCGCCCUGCGCGUCGCCGAGCCUUCGUCGCCGGCUGCGCCCGUGGCGCGCACCACAAAGGCACCCACGGCCGUGCCGCGUCGUGCGCCCCGUCCCUCGUGGGGUCCCCUGGGCCCGCCUACUGCAGCAGCCAGCAAGGCCAAGAUGCGCCUGCUCGAGGGCAUCGCCGACUCGAGCGCGCUCGAAGAGGAGGCGUCGCGCCGCAGUGCCCCGCCCGUCGCCGGCGCCGGCGCCCGGCCGCGCGCCCGCUACUCGCUCUUCCAGAAGGCAUCGCUCUACGCCGCCGACUCGAGCGCCGCGGCCGCAGACGAGUCCUUCGCGCCGGAAGCGCACGACGACGCAGAUGACUCGUACCUGCACGCUGCCUCUGCGCCGCCGCCGGCAAUGAGCGCGUCCACGGCGGAAGAGCCCACGCCCUCAUCGCGCGCCGAGAGCGCAGAGGCGAGGGCGGCUCAGCUGGCGGAGCUGAGGAGGAUGAACGAGACGUUUGAGGCGUACGAGAGGAUGCUGCUCGAGAGCCGGGAGCAGGUCGAGACGUUCUCGACGCGCAUCGCCCAGACCGACGCGCUGCUCGACAUGUACAUCGAUCUGCUGCGCCAAGCCGACCGUACACAGCGGCUGCUUCUCGAUGCAGACUGGCACGGCGCUACCGAGGACGCAGCAGCGCACGCCCUCUCCCUCGAGCUGGCCGCACGCGAGACUGCGCCGGCGCCGGCUCCGGCUCCGGCUAUCUCCCGGCCCAGCGGUAUCGCGCGUGCUCGUGGCGCGAGCGCAGGCGCUCCCACGCGAGGCACGGGCACUCGCACGGCUGCGUCUGGCACCGGCACGACGGGCACUGGCACAGGAGGCGUGCGCAGCUCGGGCUAUGGGCCUCGCUGA